AUGUCGAGAUUUGUGAGAAAUGAACGAUUAUGGAGUUUGGCUGGGAUUGCAUCGAUUCUUGUGAUUACCUUCUGGGUUGUGAUUCAGGGGGCAGGGGUAUCGGAUGUUAGUCAGUAUAAGAGGAAGCCAGGGUGGGCUAACAAUGAUAAUUUCAACUAUAAGGUAGCAAAGCAGAAGGAGACGGCAUCUUGGAAUAAAGAAAAGGCUGCUUUUGUUACGCUAGCCCGGAAUAGUGAUCUUUACAGUUUGCUUCCGUCUAUUUUGAGUGUUGAGGAUCGGUUCAACCAUCGGUUCCAUUAUGAUUGGGUAUUUUUGAAUGACGAGCCAUUUAGUGAUGAGUUCAAGAGGGUGACUUCUGCUAUGGUUAGUGGUAAGACGAAGUAUGGGAUAAUUCCGAAGGAACAGUGGUCGUUCCCUGACUGGAUUGAUCAGGAUGCGGCCGCUAAGACACGUGAACAGAUGGAAAAGGAUAAGGUUAUUUACGGUGGUUCUAUUUCGUACCGACACAUGUGUCGGUACGAAUCGGGGUUUUUCUACAGACACGAAGAAAUGAUGGAAUAUGAAUGGUACUGGCGUGUUGAGCCGCAUAUUAAGUUGUAUUGUGACAUAGAUUAUGAUGUAUUCAAAUUUAUGAAGGAUAAUAACAAGAAGUAUGGCUUCACAAUUUCUAUUCACGAAUAUCCGUUUACGAUAAAGACGUUAUGGAGUUCUACCAAGGAGUUCAUAGAAGCCAAUCCUCAAUACGUUCACAAAAAUAAUAUGCUUCCCUUUAUCUCAGACGACAACGGUAAAAACUACAAUUUGUGUCACUUCUGGUCAAACUUUGAGAUAGGAUCUUUAGACUUUUGGAGAGGAGAAGCCUACUCUAAAUACUUUGAUUUCUUGGAUAAGAAAGGUGGAUUCUUUUACGAAAGGUGGGGGGAUGCACCUAUCCACUCUAUAGCAGCAGCCUUGUUUUUGGACAGGGAUGAGAUACACCAUUUUGAUGAUAUUGGAUACCUUCACCCGCCAUUCACCCAAUGCCCAAUUGAAGAGAAGUUUAGGACUGAGCAUAACUGUGCCUGUAACCCAGAUGAUGAUUUUAGUUGGAAGGCCUUCUCAUGUAAUGUCAAGUACUACUUAGAAAAAGACUUGAAGAAACCAACUGGCUGGGCAGAACACACUGGUUAG